GAAAAAUCAAGCCACGUUUUAUUUUUUUUAGAAAUCAGAGAAGGUAUAUUUCAAGAUAUUCUAAAACACACCCGGAUUUUUUAAAUGAAAUAGGCUGGCGGAAACCGCCGGUGGUUUCAAUGGUUUUCUAAGUCUAGCUAUUUGGCUAACGUAGCUAGCAUAGUAACCAUAGUAACUAUGAUACCGGUUGCCGUAUACUGUAGUUAAAGCUACAGUAAGGUUGUCGAUUCGUGCUAAGAAACUCUUAUUUGUGGUUUUUAUGGUCUUGGCAGAUAAAGAACAGUAGUUAAAAAAAAGAGUCUCCGACGAUUACAUUUCAUAGAGCAGAACUGAAUAUAGUCCGCCCCAAUCGGUAAAGCUAACUGUGCUAGGCUUUUGAGCAAGUGCACCUCGUGGACGUUUUCGUCUUCCAGAAAUUAACAAUUUCCCUAUAAUAUCCCUAAAUCCGAUAUCCAUCAUAAGUCGUGUCUAGAAUCUGUGCUCAUUCCUGGGAGAAAGGAUGCCGCCAUUGGGGCACUUACACAUGGAACAUGUCCUGCAGGCAGUCGGUGUCUUGGAGGCGGUCAUCCUUCGCAGUUUUGGCCCUGAAGGAGGACAGGUGCUGUUCACACGAGACACGGGACAGGCGAUGUUGAGCCGCAGUGGGACACGCAUUCUCACGGCACUACAUCUGGAGCAUCCGUUGGCCAGGAUGGUGGUGGAGUGUGUCUGGAAGCAUAGCUCUGCAACAGGCGAUGGAUCCAAAACCUUUAUCCUGCUGCUGGCAUCAUUGCUACGGUUGAUUCAUGCAGCAGCCAGCAAGGAGUCUAAUGUGUCACACUCUUAUAGCUCAACAAAAGCAGCAGAGGCUUCCACUGCCAGACACUUGGCUGACAAACUGCUAGCAUUUGGGUUGAAGGAGUUGGAUGAGCUCAUUGCUACGGGAGUGGUCCCUUAUGGAGGCUGCAUUUCGUGGGAAGAUUUCACUGUGGAAGCACAAACGCCAUCUCUCACAAACAAUCUCUGUGUUCAAAAGCUGCUAAGAUCAUUUUUUCACACACGCUGUGGUUACACGCACUGUGACUUCAGUAGUCACCUCACAUGUGAGCUGCUCAGUCACUGGAAGUUUAAAAAUCAACUACCUUCAUUCUCUCUGCAGCUUGUAAGCGACUACUUCCCUGCCCUCCAUACACCUGUGUCGGGCUUUCCUGUCCGCUCUUCACGUUUAAUCGAGGGGCAGGUAAUCCACAGGGACUUUGCCACGCCACCGCUUAAGACUGACCACCAGCCAGUUAAAGCUGUAGUUCUCACCGGGUCGCUGCAACCAACAUUGCUCAGCACAGGAGACGUGCUUGAGUUGGGAUGUAGAGGCAGAAUGAAGGAGGAGAGAAGUAUUUUACACUUUAGCUCCUGGAUGGAAAGCUCACUGCAGGGUAUUAUUGCGAAGCUGCAGACUUUGGGUGUUUGUGUGCUUCUGUCUGCAGUAAAACAGUCUGCUGCUGUCCUGGCUUUAGCCACACAGGCAGAGAUGUGCCUUGUAGAAUGUGUCAGUGAAGAUGAACUUUCUCUGUUUUCCCAGCUAAGUGGAACUACUCCAAUCUGGGACUGUUCGAUGAUUGAAUCAGAGCACGUAGCCACACUGGCUUUUUGCCGGCCGAUACAGCUCGGAGCCCACAGGUAUGUCCAUGUGGCUUUCCAGGACUCGGAAGAAAGAAUCACCAUCAAACCCUGCAGUUUGAUCAUCUGUGCCCCAGGGGAAGGACAGAUUGAGCAGUAUGCAUGUGCUUUACAAGAUGCCAUUCGCAUGCUACUUAGAACUUGGGAGCCCAUGCAUGCAGCUGCAACCACAACAUCAAAGAGUACCCUGCAGUCGCAUAAAGGCGCAUCUUUACAUACAGACAGUCUGACCGAGCAAACCACAUACAGAUCCAUCGCUAUACAGCCCAUUCAAAAGUGUGUGUUAAAGCCAGGCUGUGUUUUAUCUGCUGGUGGGUUAUUUGAGCUUCUCUUACACUAUGCCCUCCUACAACAUGGACAUAGUUGCUCAGUUUCUCCUGACCUAAAUAUAGAUGCUUCUGUUUCCCAGCUCUUGGCAAAUGCCCUACUGAGCGUGCCUCAAAAGAUUUACUCUCACAGUCCGCACCAUUUCCUGGAGUCUCAAAGAAGGGUCAUAAGUUUUGUUAGUAAGUUUCCAAAUGAUUCCCACCCUUUUAGCCUUGUAUAUAAACGAGAAAAUACUAUAAGCCCUAUACAGGUCGAAGGGCCUCUGGGGGAUGGUGAACUAAGCUUGCAUUGUUGUAGAGAGGGUGACAAAUUGUCAAAAGUUUCAGAGUUGGAUCUGGGCCUUGAAUCUGUCUCCUGUAAAUACCAGCUACUUCUUGCUGUAUUGCAGUGUGUCGCAAGUCUCCUUAAGGUGGACGCUGUCCUGCCUACACACACUGCUUUACACACACAGUCGUGUAGACUCACCAGGACUUCCUGGGAGGGUACAGAGGAUGAAGGCGAGGACUGAGAUUGUGUCUUAGUUAAGAUAAAAGCCAUAAACAUAUUUUCUCUCAGUGCUCCCUCAUGUCAAAGAUGGAGUAAAUACUUAGCACUUUAAUACAUUUUUGGCACAGUGAUUUUUCUAUACCCAGAAGAUAUAUCCAACUAUCUGUCCAUUCUCUUCCACUUAUCCUUGUCAGGGUCACGGGGGAACUGGAGCCUUUCCCAGCUACCAUAGAGCAAGAGGCAGGGUACACCCUGAACAGGUCGCCAGUCUGUUGCAGGGCUAACACAUAGAGACAGACAACCAUUCACACUUACAUUCAAACCUAUGGACAGUUUAGAAUGAUCAAUUAACCUAACCCCACUAACUGCAUGUCUUGACUGCAUGACUGUGGGAGGAAGCCGGAGAACCUGGAGAGAACCCCUGCAAACACAAGGAGAACAUGCAAAAUCCACACAGAAAGGCCCCGACAUGGUGGUGGAAACUCAGGAACAUCUUUUUGUGAGGCAACCAGUGCUAAUCACCUUGCCACUGUGUAUAUUUUGUUCCAACGAAAUAUAUUUUUAUUGCAAGACACAGAUGGUAUUUUCAGUUUUAUGACCAUGUUGUGGUUGGUUGCAGUUUCUGUGGCAGUAAAAUGUUAAAGUGGUCUAUAGCAUCCUGUCCUGAAUCAAGGCAAGGUCUGGCAGUAAAAAAGAAGGCAUUAAACACUGUUGUAAUACGGAAUGUGCAGUUGUGAAAUAUUUUUAUGUGUUGCAAACCUUCCAAGCGAGAAUGUGUUAAUGCCUUUUUUCUCAGUAAUAUUCAUAUUCAUAGAUUUUCUCUAAAAUUUCUUCUCCUUUUCUAUUUUCCUGGCCUAUUCCCUUGCUAGUUUGUCCCUUACACAAACGGUUUAAAUACAGAUCAUCUCACAAAACACAGUCCUUUUUUAUAAUCAGUGUUAUCUCCAAAAAACGAAUGAGGCAUUUAGAAGGGCAACACCCGGCUGUCAACAACCAAAUCAUAGCAUGCUUCCUUGUGCUGUAAUCAGAGGAACACAAACUCUAUUUACUUCUAUACUCGCCGCUUUUUAGAUGGAAACUGUGAGUCAUAAAGACAUUAACUAGUCAUACUGUUUACCGUAACUACCGUGUCAUUAGUUUUGAAGACAAAAAUUUUCCAUAAAAUAUUUGUAACAGCACAAUUAAGAAACAAAGACACUUCUUGUCUUUGUUUGUGUUCUAAGGGAGUCAGUCAGCUGAUAGCUGCCAAUAUCAAAGAAGGGGAAGCUGAGGGAGUUUUCCCAAUGUUUUUGUUUCUUUUUCCUACUGCGAAAAAGGAAACAAGCUUGAGUGUAGCUGUCAUUGUUGUCAGUCCUAUGGAGACACCUACGCACGUCUAACUCUUGCAGCAUGCUGUAUCGUGAGCGGCUAAAUCUAAAAUGUAAGUAAGGCUCAGUCUAACAGUGAAUCAGUGUGACUCUUAUAUUUUCAUUGUAGUUAUGAAUGUUACCAAGUGACCUAAGAACAGGUGCAGUUAAAUGUUCUCCAACUUGUUUACUAUUACAGUGUUUGGGAAUAAUUGCAGGUCAUAUUAUUUUAUGGUCCACUCUUAUUUCUCUAUUUAAAUGCUUAAAUGCUCCCUUGCUGGCACGUUUUAUUUUCCUAUACUGAAUUGUUUAUAUUUUCUCUAUAAAUAAACUUUAUGAUUGUUACAGUAAACUCAUAGUCGACUCAGUACAUUUUAGUUUAUUUGGCGCUUAUUGUUAAAUUUUGUCUCUGUGAAACAGUGCAUAUGAUAUAAAUCAAUCUCUGUAAACUGAAGAGAACACUGCAAAAUGCAUCGUCAAACUGCACGUAAAAAUAUAAACAGCUAACAUUAGAAAUCUUACAAAUACAAAAAGGAAAACAUUUACAAACACAAAUCAGGAUAAGGACCAGGAACAAAUCAAAUGUCAUGAAAAUAAAGGAAUCAAGAUGCUACUCUAGCACCAAGCUGGUUAAAGUUAACAGCUCGGUAUUCAGCUGGCUACUCGUCACCUUAAUUUUACUUAAGAAGUUGCAUGAAAAAAGGAACUGUAAAACUGCUGCGGCUGUGUUGUGCAGAAGUGUUUGCUUUUUUGUGUUUGUUUUUUUAUAUCUGGACCAUGUUCUUGCUAGUAGAUGACCCCAAGUGACAGCAAUAGAAAUGUUAUCAGUAUA